CGCCUGAUGCGCGUGCUGUUUUCGCUGUCUCGUGUAUAUCCUCCUACGCUUGUGGGGGUGUUGGGCUCUCUGUGUGCUAUGCUGUGACUCAGCUGCUGUCAAGCGUUCCUUCCCCCCUGCUUCAACUUCGAAAGAGCAGCACCACGUGCACCUCACUUGCCGCAACUGCAGCAGCAGCAGCAGCUUUGCCUCAGGUGCCACUUUUUCAAGUCUUGUUGCCGCUGCUUUACGGCUCAGUAGCCGAGGCAGCAGAGCAGGAGCGGCAUACUCUGCGUGCUUGCCUUCUGCUUCUCUCGGCUGCAAGAGCUACCCGUCUGCGUCCUCUUUCUUCAGAAGUAAGUACGCAACACAGACAGCAGGUGACACGUCUUGCUGCAGCAUAUCCUGAAGCUUCCUUUACGCCGACAGCUGCGAAUACAGCACCAGCAGUAGGGGGAAGCAGUACGCCUGCUGCAGCCUCCGGUGAAAGUGCUCAUGCAGCAGCGGCAGCAGCAGCAGCAGCAGCCGCAGCAGAAGCCGCAUGGGGAAACAGGAUGACGUCGCUGUACUAUGGCAGCAAAUCGUCUCUGCUCUUCUUUUGCAAAGUAAAUUGUGCAGCCGUUGCGGCUCGCCAUUUGUUGCGCUGCUUGCGGCACCAGCAGCAGCAACUGCAGCAGCAGCAGCAACAGCAGCGCGCGCAGCAGCAAGCGUCCCCACAACCACAGCAGCAGCAGCAGCAACAGCAGCACAAAGUGCAGCAGCUGCACCUGCAGGUGGAGACAAGCCGCAUGCUCGUCCCUAUGCUGCAGCUAAUUCAUGCUCUGGAUGCCCCUGCGACGGUGAGGCAGCAGCUGCUGAGCCUUGCAGUGUCUCGUAAGAACUGCUGCAUGGAUUUGUGGCAGCUGCAGCAGCUGUUGCUGCAGCUGGCGCAGCGUAAGCAGCUCCUUCUGCAGCGCCUGGAGCAUCAUGACGAAGCUCUGCAGCUGUACGGGCAGCAGCAGCAACAGCAGCAGCAACCGCUGCAGCUGCAGCUGCAUAGCACACCAGCAGUUGCUUCUGCUCUCGCUUUCGAUGUCAGUGAAACGCAGCACUCGGUGAAGGAAGCAUGUGCCUUAUUCGCUGCUUACCUCGAUACCCUCUGCAUGCGCGUCUCCAGCGAAAAUGUUGUUUUUCUUCAUCCCACCCAGGAGCUGCUGCUGCCGCGGCUUCUAAAGGAAGAGCAGAAGCAGCAGCCACUGCGCAAGAUGUGCUUGAAGCAGCAGCAGUAUGCCCUUCUGCCAGCUCUCCUCACCUCCCCCCUGGCUGUGCCUGCUGCAAAGGAACUGCAGUCGCUGCGGAGGCUCAUGCAUGCGCUGCAGCAGCAAGCAUGCGGAAGCCUCCGAGAGGCUGCAGAAGCCGCCACGUCUCCAGCUGAUCUGCUGCCAGCCUUACUCACACCUCCUCGCGAUGGCGAUGCUCAAGGUAUUCGCAGCAGCAGCAGCAGCACCGCACAGAUGCUGCACCUACCUCUGCUUCUGCAAGUGUUGUUUAGCUGCUGGCGGUAUCGCACUGCAGCAGCAACAUCUGCCAAUGAACGCGCAACAGCGGCAGCAGCAGCAACAUCGCCCGUCAAACCCAGCUUGCUGCUCGCUUAUGAAGCACCUUCACAACCAGCAUCUUUACCAGAGCAGCCGCCACAGCAGCAGCAGCAGCCACAGCAGCAGCAGCAGCAGCCACAACAUCGAAGCUUGGCCUCUGAUAUGUCCCCUCUCGUUGCUGAGCUGCAUAGACACCUCAAAGCUGCAGCUGGUUCUCUUCCUGCAGCAGACGGCUCUGCAGCAGACGCAGCUGCCGCCUCUCAUUGGCUGCAGCUUCUGAUGCUGCAAAUGCCGCUCGACGCCAUAGCAACAGGACUGGCCGCGAUAGACGAGGAGCUGCACCUUGCAGCCCAUGACGCAGCCGCUAUAGCUGCACAGGAGCAGCAGCAGCAGCUGAGGAAUAGCUGCGGAGACGUUGCAGAAUACCAGGCAGUGCUUGGAGAGCUGUAUGGCUUCUUGAGCCGUCUUUUUGAUCAACGGCUGCAGAUGGCAACGGCGGCAGAAUUGUCUCUGCUCGCCGUUCGAACUCCGUACCUCGCAAGGCUGCCACAGCGGCUGCCGCUGCAGCAGCAGCAGCAGGAGGAGCAUGAGACGAAGCACCAGCAACAGCAGCAGGAACCCCAGCAGCAACAGAUGCUGAUACAGCAUGAGGAGCUGCAGCGGAAACAGUUUUUUUUCACAGCGAUCCGCGACGAGUUGAUUGCGCGUAUUGCGCGGGUUGGCGCUGCAGCAUCUCCAGCCGCUGCAUCUGGUGCUCCAAAUCCUGUGCAUGCAGCCCCUUCAGCCGCUGCAGCAUCUUCAGCCGCGGGUGCAUCAGCUUCGCAUGCGAGCGCCGAGCUAUUGCUGUUGCUGCAGCUCUUGUCUGGUACUUCUGACUACGUGUGGGGUGUUAUCCGAAGGAGCUGGGGGAAGGCUGGAGAGGCAGGUCUGUGCAGCACAAUGCAGCAGCUGCUGCAGCGGCUGCAUGAGCUGCCGCUGACUGAUUUUGUGAGCUGUCUUGCGGCGUUAGCACGCCUGGAUGUGCUGCAGCAGCUGCCUCCCAGUGCUGCCGUAACGGAUCUUCCUGCGGCAGCAGCAGGUGAGCAGCAGCAGCAGGAGGAGGCGCAAGCGCUCUUGCAGCAGCAGCAGGAGGCGCAAGCGCUCUUGCAGCAGCAUCAGCAGCACCUGCGUUUGCUGCUCCCGCCAGAGACCUCUUCAGUGCAGCAGCCUGCAGAUGCGAGCAGUUCUUGCAGCAGCACUGGCAGUGACGCCGCUGCCGCCGCUGCCGCUGCUGCCGUGCAUGUGGUCAUAAGGCGAGCGGUGUAUACGCAGUUGAAGCGCCUCACUGCCUUCUCUGCGCUGCAGGAUGCCUCCGUCAACGUGGUGAGUGCCCCCUGCCUACUAUGGAGUCUCUUCCCGCUGCGGUGUAUCGACAUCCAGUGCCUCGCACCUCUCUUCGAAUGCGUGGCAGCACUUGCAGGUCAGUGUCUCUUAGGCAGGCGAUCCUGGUAUGCCAUGUGUGGUGUGGAGAAGCAUGCGGUAAAGAACGGAGCUGGAGGCUCAAGGCGAAGCGCAGCACGCGAAAGACAGUAUGUAGGCAUCAGAAAUGAGCUGGCCAGGCGCUUUCCUCGCGGGACUGAGGCGCUGCAAAGCCUUAUGCUGCAACACCUGCAAGUACAAGACUCCCCCAGCAGCAGCUGCAAUAGCAGCAGCAAUGGCAGCUGCAAUAGCAGCAGCAAUGGCAGCAGCAAUAGCAGCAGCGGGCUUUGGACUGCAGUGGCGUGGGCAGCUGCACAAGCGCCUUUGCUGCAACAGUUGCAGCACGCAGCAGCAGCAGUCGCCGAGGCGGCUUCUGCUGUUUCAGCAGACCCUCUGGAAGCCCCCUUAAGCGGCAUGCUGCCUCUGGGUGAGGCGGGUGUCGCCUUCGUGCUGCCAUCUAGGAGCCUUCUUGUUGCUCUUGCGCCUCUCGGGGGAGCAGCAGCAGCAGCGGCAGCGUCGGAUGCUGCGGCAGCAGCCCGUGCGCCGACACCCCUGCAUGAGAUGCCCUGCCACUUAACUCUGGAUCUCGUCUCUGCGGCGCACCUUGCACCCAUUCUUUUUGAAGCGGAAGGGGAGAAGGAGGCGGGGGAGCUGCCGCAAGGGAAGGGGCAGCAGCAGGAGAAGGAGGAGAAGCGCUGGCGGCUUGAAAUGGCGGUUUGUGGACAGCAGCAACAGCUGCUGCCGUCCUUCUCUGCUGAUCUACGGUGCAGAUAUACUGUGCGCCAACUCGCCGACAAAGCAAGAAGCCAAGCCCUCAGGCUUAUUCUUGUUGAUCCAGCAGAGCCUCAAGCUGCCCAAAAGAUUCUCGCCGAGGCGCUAAGCAGCCGCUAG